AUGACUCCCCUCCCUGCCCCCCUCCUCCUGUCCCUGCAGCUGGCAGUCUUCACGUGUGUUAAUGGGGCGUUCUACAAGCAACAUCCUCAACAAUACCAGCCAGUGCAACAGUACCAACAACAUAUGGGCAUGGGCAAGGAGGGCUUCCCUCAGCAACAGUACAUGGGCAAAGAGAUGCCAUACAUGCAGUACCCGCACUAUCGGAAGGAGAUGCCACAGAUGCCAGUGAAAGGCAAAGGUCCUCGAAAUGGGGGUGCUAUUAAUGGUGGCCAGGACAAAGGUCAGACCAUUCCCAGUGGUGCUGAAGGAGUUCCUCAGGGUGAACCAGGGCCAAUGGGGCCCCCAGGACCAGAGGGGCCUCCAGGUCCUCCUGGGCCUUCGGGCAAUGGACUACCAGGACCUGAGGGAAGACCAGGACCACCUGGUCCACCAGGAUUACCUGGACUGGGAAAACCUGGAUCGCAGGGACUACCAGGCAGACCUGGAGCAGAUGGAGAGCCCGGAAUGCAAGGUGAAAUGGGCCCUAGGGGAGAGAUGGGACCAGGUGGACAGCAAGGACCCCAAGGCCCACCAGGACCACCUGGGCUACCAGGAAUAGGUAAAACUGGUGUACCAGGACUACCAGGCCAGCCGGGCCCGAAAGGUGAUCCAGGACACAAAGGAUUUCCAGGCUUACCAGGUUUACCAGGACCCAAAGGAGACAAAGGAAUAGGUAUGCCAGGACAGCCAGGUCAUAAAGGACUUCCAGGGCCUGCAGGACCAGCGGGACCAAGAGGACUUCCUGGUUUUGGAAAACCUGGGCUACAUGGAGCACCUGGUCCAAAAGGUCCACCAGGAGAUAAAGGACAUCCAGGACUGCAAGGACCAGCCGGGCCACCAGGAGAGGCUGGAGCUCCAGGCCCACAAGGUUUAGCCGGUGUAGGAAAGCCAGGUCCAAAUGGCCUUCCUGGACAACCAGGUACUCCAGGUGCUAAAGGUCACGCAGGACCUCCAGGUCUACCAGGAAAGCCAGGAUUACCUGGAUUUGGUAAGCCUGGACUCCCAGGACCAAAAGGUGAUAAAGGUAUGAAUGGUCCACCAGGGCUGGUGGGACCAAAAGGAGAUAAAGGCCUUGCAGGACCUCCUGGUAUGACUGGGCUUCCAGGACCAAAGGGUUCAACAGGUCUUUCAGGCCCUAUGGGCCCAUCUGGAGGUUUAGGUGCACCUGGACCAAAAGGGGAAUGUGGAGAAGGUGGACCUAAAGGUCUCGAUGGAGCCAAGGGAGAUAUUGGACCCCCUGGCUUAGCUGGUAGAAAUGGACUUCCAGGGGAUCGUGGAGAACCAGGACCUAGAGGCCCACCAGGACCAGCAGGUGCGAAAGGAGAGAGUGGACACAAAGGUCUUCCUGGUCAGCCUGGUCCUCAAGGGCUUCCAGGAACUAAUGGACUGGAUGGUUUGCCUGGUGAGAUUGGACCUCAAGGUCCUAAAGGAAUUCCAGGAUUAGAUGGUGCAACAGGGCCAACUGGACCUCCUGGUGUUUCCGGUCCUAAAGGAGAGAGUGGCCCACCUGGGCCACCAGGUCUUGUAGGUGAGGGAAGUCCUGGUCACCCUGGCCCAAUUGGUCCCCCUGGAAAAGAAGGUCCAGUUGGACCCCAAGGUCAACCAGGUCUGCCUGGUCCACCAGGUCCACCUGGAGAACCUGGAUUAGCACCUGACAUGUCUGGAGUACUCUCUGAGAUGGGACCUGGACUUGAUGGCGUGAAGGCUGGAGGUUAUGGCAAGAAGGGCAAGUUUGGUACCAAUGGUGCAGAGGUUAUGGGAUCUAGUGGAUUGGAAAUGCCAGCAUUCACUGCAAUUCUAACGACACCUUUUCCACCAGUUGGCAGUCCAAUUGUCUUUGAUAGGCUUUUGUACAAUGGACGGCAAAACUAUAAUUCGCAAACUGGAAUUUUCACCUGUGAGUUACCAGGGAUUUAUUACUUUGCCUACCAUGUUCAGUGCAAAGGAGCCAAUGUGUGGGUGUCCCUGAUGAGGAACAAUGAACCAGUAAUGUAUACAUACGAUGAAUAUAAAAAGGGUUUUCUGGAUCAAGCAUCUGGAAGUGCAGUACUACCUCUCCAACCAGGGGACACUGUAUAUCUACAACUGCCUUCAGAUCAGGCUGCAGGACUUUAUGCAGGGCAAUAUGUGCACUCAUCAUUUUCUGGGUAUUUGUUAUAUCCUAUGUAA